AUGAUAACGGUUAUCGGAACAGCUUUAAUUAUAUUCCAUUCCAGCAGUAGCUGUUUUACGCAAUAUUGCCAAGGACAAUUAGAUAUGAGUCCUAAGCAUCUUUGGUUUAAGGCGUAUUACAAACGAAUGCAUUGUACCGGGCAAACAACAAGUUCCUCUUUUUGCAGUAUGAGUCGAAUCCUUACUGGCAAAGAAUCAACUACUGUCAAUGUGAACUGUCCACCGAAUAACAAAGAAGUUAGUUGUAAAUUUAUGACAUCAAAGAAAAGCGAACAUUCAUGCCAGUACUAUAAACAAUCACAAACAAACGAACUUACACAAUUCUGCUGCUGCUUCGGGAAAAAGUGCUAUCAAUCAAUGAAUCGCUUAGAAUAUGAACAACGUCCAUUAUAUGGUUUAACUGUGGAUCCAAUAACGGCUAUAUUCUUUGCAUUUACAUUCCUUAUUAAUAUUUUAACAAUUAAAUUAUUCUAUAACGAUUUAACUAACGCUAUCAUAUUCAUCUAUCAAAUGUAUUCCGGUAUAACAACAUCGAAAGUUCGACAGUCAGAGCAUAAUUUGCUACGAAAUAUCGAAGAAAAAAUUAUCUCAUGGAACACGUGCUCAUUAAUCAACACAAAAAUGAUAACCUUUUUAAUGCAACCGAGAAAUAAACAGAUUAGCGAUACCAAGCUUGAAUUGGGCAUUUGGCGCAAAAUGUUCAAAAUUGAUGAAUGUCCUCAGGAAGAGAAGCAAUCCAUGGAAAGUGAAGCUUUGGCAAAACAUUAUGAUAGGAGUGAACGAUUAUUUCGACAGGAAUGGUAUAGGAAUCGUACAUUGAUGAAAGUCAGUUACUCACAUUGGUGUGCUCGAGAACGGAAUCAAGCCGGGAAACAGAUACGUAGAACAUUGAAACAUCUUUUUGAGCUAUAA